AUGCCGACUCCAUAUGAGCAAGAGAUGGAGCGUCUCCGCAAAUUAUUAGCCGAUGUGGAGAGUGAUGAAGAUGUUAUUCCAGACGAUGAAUGUUUUAGUGAUCAAGAAAACUUUAGUGACCACGACAGUGACAGCGAAUUUUCAGUAAGUGAAAGUUCUGCUGAUCACGAUAGAGAUGACACCUUUGUUGGAAGAGAUGCAAAAACUAUUUGGCAAAAAACAAAACUUCGAGCUAAUGUUCGUGCUCCAGCUCGAAAUAUAAUUACGCAUCUUCCUGGGCCAAAAGGAAACGCCAAAAAUGUCAGUGAUGUCUUUGAGAGCUGGAGCAUUUUUAUCGAUGAUAAAAUGAUAAACCAAAUAGUAGAAUGCACGAAUAUUUUUAUACAUGACAUUUCAAAAAAUUACUCAAGACUCAGGGAUGCAAAAUGCACAGAUUUGGUGGAAAUUAAGGCUUUAUUUGGCCUAUUAUUUUUAGCAGGUCUUCACAAGUCUUCUCAUCUAAACGUAAGGGACUUAUGGGCUACUGACGGAACCAGAAUCGAAAUAUUUCGUUGUGUAAUGUCAUACAACCGAUUUCUUUUUUUGACGAGAUGUUUACGCUUUGACCAUGUACAUACCAGAGAUUCAAGGAAACAAGACAAUAAACUGGCUGCAAUAAAUGAAGUAUUUGAAGCUUUCGAUGCAAACUGCAAAGAAAAUUACACUUUAGGGGAAUAUGUGACCAUUGACGAAAAACUGGGACCGUUUCGGGGUCGCUGUGCCUUUAGACAGUAUAUGCCAAACAAGCCCGCAAAAUAUGGAAUAAAACUAUUUGCACUAGUCGAUGCAAGAACUUUUUAUACUUCAUCAAUGGAAAUCUACUGUGUUGAAGAAAAAAGAGCAAACCGUGUUGUUAGUGAAGAACCCCCAACUAAAAAGGCCGAAGUUUUGGGUCGAUUCAGCCAAGAUGUCUGCGGCUUCAUUGCCAUGGAUGUUUACAUGAGAGGGAAUCCACUGAAAGUGGACUUCCCUUCCCUUGGUUAG